AUGUCCGCGCCGGUACCGCUAGCCAUCCGUCGUCGUGUCGUCGUCGCUUUCGGACCGAAGCAGCCGGGCGCCCGCCGCGCCGCCAGAGGGUCUCGCGUGUCGGCGACCUCGAGCGCGCGACGUCCGCGAUAUCGUCGCGCUACCGCCGGUGCAGGCCGGAGAACGUGUAUCGGCGACAUACCGCCGGUCACCCCAAAAGUGCACUGUCGCGUACCUAAACCUCGACCCCACGUCAUCGCCUCGUCUUGUCCGCUGCCCUCGGCCAGGGGGGAAACUCUCGGACGGUUUCACUUCGGGGGACAACAGCAGAAAACGCGCGCGGCCUUGGUGAUACCUGUCCACGCAGCGGACGCGAUCUUCGCCGCCGUCCGUCUGCGCGUUUUGCUAGCGUCGCCCCCGGGUCCGGCCAGCCGAUCGAGUCUCCAUAUAGCUGUUCUUGACCUCAGCUCCCCUGGCCGGUGUGACGAACUCCGCCUCGUCACUGGGCGCUUCCGCGGGCGCCUGCAUCGCUGGCACGGCGUCCACGUCGUCUUCGAUCAAUUCAACCGGUCCAGUGCUGGAAUCGUCGUCCGGUUGAACGGUUUCCGACGAGUCGCCGCCGACGAACUGGGUCGCAUAGUACAACAGGCCCGCCAAAUCCGCAACCGCAGGCUCUUCUCGGAAGUUGUCAAAUACGCCAAGUUGUGUCUCCAUUAUAAUAUCAUACUCGAUGUUGUUGAUGAUGAUAUUCCUUAUGACGUCUUCUACGGUUUUCUCGAUUUCUUGGGCGGUUGUUUCGGUAUUAUGCGGUUCAGCCAUUUUUACAGGUUUCUCCAAGUUCCAUUUAUACUGCCCAACACAAACUUAUCUAUCAUCUAGUCCGGCACGAGCUGAGAAUAAAAUACACGCAUGACGCAUGCCGUUGUGUCCGUGCUAGUGUGUUGGUUUGAAUUCGUUCGUCUACAAAUUACGAUUUCCAGAUCAGGAUGUGCGAUUCAUAAUGGUUGAAAACAUCUACGCGAAGGUAUAAUCCAGAAAUAAAUAGUUAAGAAAAGGUUUCGCUAACUGAACCAGUGGCGUGGCGAAGUGACAUUUUUAUCGGGCAAUUUUUUUUUUUUGAACGACCUACCCGGUGAGCUACCCUGCAACCCGUGAUUACUUAAUAUAAUACUUAUUAUUUACGUUAUUAUUCUUAUUAAAUAUCAUAUUCAGAUGAAGUCAGUCUUGCACUACAAUUUCUCAUUGAAUCCAGUACCUACUCAGUACUCACCCACCCGGCAUUCACCCCUUUAAAAUUAUCCGGCAACUGCGCUUCAAAAUCACGGUUAACACGCUACUCCUUACAAGUGCAGCUAUAUACUGCAACAAAAGCUAAUUCUAGAUAAUUUUUAGGAACAUAUUAUGUUGGCUAUUGGCUGGCGCUCAAAAACAAAAACGGUCAACCUCAUGACCCCCCUCCACCUCUGAGUACACCACCAUUCUUAGCUAAACUGCUAUAGUUAUAACUACACCCUAACCUAAGUUUUGGAAGAGUGUCAGCCAAUCAUUAUGGCAUCGAUUGUCUUAAAAUCAAUAAAGCCUGGAUAUUUUUUUUAUGACACCUCCCUUUUGUCCACUUAAGAAUUUUAAUUUUUUUUUAUAGCUGAUUCGACAAUUUCCAAACCAUCAUUUAUGCGCAGAUUUUUGUUUCUAAUGUUGUAGUUGUUUAUGCUAAAAUACUAAAUUUCACUUAGAUGAAAAUCAAAUCAUUUUCCAAUGUUUUAUUUAGCAUUAUAUUUUGAGCUUCCCCAAUAGCCAUAGAAGUUACAAAUAUACCGAUAGAUGGGUGUUUUCGUUCACUGCACCAUGGUAUAAAAACGUAGGCAGGUAUGUAUAAAUGAUAAAACAAUAAAAUAAGUUUAAAAAUAUUGAUAAAUUACAGAAACGUUUAAAAGUAUGUAUAAUAAAAUUGGGGUGAUUUUAAUAAGAAUGCAGGGCUGCAAUUCAAAAAAUAAAAAAAAAUGACCAAAAUUUUUUUUUAGGUGAUUAAGAGUGACUUUAAAUUAGCACAAACAAUGCAAAAAACCUGUGUUUUUGAAUGUUUUUUCCCCCGUAUUGAAAUGUUAUUAUUACAAGAAUCCUUUUUAA